CAAUUUUAAUAGAUGUAGAUUGGGACUCAUUUGUAAUGCUUCCAGAUAUAUUCAAUGAUAUAAAUUCUUCAUCACUUUCUGACAAUGAAGAUAACGAUAUUAUCAUUAAUAAAAAUCUUUAUCCAUCACUUUCCAACUAUAAUGACAGUGUCAACUUUAAUACAAACCUUUUAUCACUUGCUAAAUAUAGCAAUAAUCAUCUAUCAUUUUCUAUAUGUGAGAGAGGUUUUGGAUAUCAAACAUUCCGUAAUGAUAAAGAUCCAAAUGAUCCUACUAUAAUUCAUCGCAAGUCUUUCUAUUGCUUAUCAAGUAGUAUCUACAAAUCUCGCAAAAUAAUUGAUCAAAAUUCAUAUCGUAUAAAAUGUACGACAUUAGAAAGCAAACAUACUUAUGAACUAAAUCCUGCCAAAAUAUCUGAUGUUAUUGUUAGAUAUCGGCAUUUUAGUGAUGAUAUGAUACAAGACAUUGAGACUGAUUCUGUUUUAUUUCUUGAUACUCUUUUUGAAAAAAUGUUUCAAGACCUAUAUAUUCGACACUUCGGUGCUGAACGUCGCUUAUCAGGUGUUUUUUGGAUGUCACUCUCUCAACAAGAAUUGUACCAGCGCUUUUCUGAUGUAGUACUUAAUGAUAAUACAUCAAAUGCUUUGGUGGAGAAUAAGCUUUCUUUGACAUAUAUUUGGAUUUUACAGUAUUUGGCAAAAGCAACAAAUAACGUUGUUUCAAAAUCUUUUUGGACUGAUUCUAAGCCUGGUCUAAUAAAUGCAGUAUCUCAA